CCGGAAGGCUCCGUCUUCACGCGUCACCGACAUCUCUCUCUCUUCACGAAGGCUUUCAAGUUUCAACAGCUGUUGAAGAGAGAGAGAGCGACUCCCGAUCGAUAUUUUCUCUUUCACAUCCCCGGAAAUUUUUCCUGUUUUUCUCAUCACCCGAUUCCCGCCAAUUUGUCUGCACCAUCGCCUGAAACCACACGCCAUCCAUUUUCCUUUCUCUCUCAAAACAAGAAAAGGAGAGUAAAAGCAAGGAAUCUCAACUCCUCUGUUUCAGAUCCCACCUCUGUCCGUUAGAUCAAAUCUAAAAUCUCAUUGAAUUCCCAUGUCUGUUUAAUUUUGUAUCAUAUAUUCUUUUUACAGUUCAAUUUUCAUCGUAUCUUCCAUUGAUAGUAUUAAGAAUCCCAAUUCGUUCAAAUUUCUCUGACAUGGACGAGUUUGGUGUCUUGACGGAGCGGUUUGGGUUGAAGCCGCAAGGGAAAUCAGCGCCGAUGGCUUCAGCUAAACGAUCCGCAACAACCACCACGGCCAGCCAUAAUUUCACCUCCAAUUCGAGUUUAAGCUCGAAACCUGAUUCAUAUUCGUGGAAUUCCACUACGGUUGAUGAUUUUUCCUUCGAUAACCUCGAGAUGCUAUCUCAAUCGUCGACCAACCUCAAAUCACAAAAUGUCGGUGGUUUAGGUGAUGACUUCGACAUUUUUGGUGGAUUCCAAAACAGUUCGAAGCCAUCCAAUGCCAAUAGCAAUGGAUCUUCUUUCGAUUAUGAUUCGAUUUUCUCAAAUUCGAAUAGUUCAAGGCCUUCAUCCACGAAUUUGUAUAAAGAUGAUGAUAUAUUUGGUGGGCUAAGUAGCUCGAACUCUAUCAACGGCGAUGAUGUGUUUAGUUCGUUUUCUUCAGUCCGAAAGCAGAAUGUUCCAGUUGAUGACUUGUUGGGGGGUCUUGGAGCAGCAGAGACGAAUACGAAUAGACCUAGUCAUAAUGGAGGUACAGACGUGGAUGAUCUGAUACCUGGAUUUGGUGGACGCAGACCUCAGUCCAGCGGAGCAAAAACUGCGACAACUAAAACAACCUUUGCAUCACCUCAAGACCCUUUUGUAAUAUUUGAAAAAACUUCAGCCUCAACACAUAAGUCAUCAGAUGCUGACCCUCUUGAACAAUUCAACAAUCUCAAUCAAUCUGCAGGCUCAAAACCUCUCCGUUCGUCAAAUGGUUCGCCACCACUGAGGCCCCCUCCAAAACCUGGACAAGUUUUGAAGACUGGGAAAGGUUCUUGUGCUUUCUUUAGAAGUUCAGUUGUGUCAUCAAUAGAUGAACUUGAAGAUUUUGCCAGGGGCACAGCUCGAAAUAAACCUGUAGCUGAAGGAAUAAGGGAAAGACCAAGUUCAAAAGCUAGUAAAUAUAGAGAAGCUGAAGAUGCCACUAAAGCGACUCAGCAAAAGGGUGUGGAUCUAGAAUCCUUUUUUGGCAUGGGUUCUCGAUCAAGCAGUGUACCAAGACCCAGGGCUACAAAUUUGGAUCCUAUUUUUGAUUCGAAUACAAACGUCAAGGGAGGGCCUAAAGUUACUCAAAGAUCAUCUUCUGGGCCCUCAUCCAACACAAAAAAGACAUCUUCUGCAGUAAAUCUGGUUGAUGACAUAUCUUCACUUUUUGGAGCUGCCCGAGUAUCUGGAGAAUUCGAGGAAGUUGAAGGCGAAAGUGAAGAAAGACGAAGAGCCAGAUUGGAGCGUCACCUAAGGACUCAAGAUCGUGUGGAAAAAGCAGUUGCUGAUAUUAACCAGCGUGACCUUCAAACCCAGUUGGAGCAAGAAGAGAAGCGUCGAAUCGCUGAUGCUAUGGAUGCUGAGAUAAAGCGCUGGGCUGCUGGCAAAGAAGGAAAUAUGCGUGCACUGUUAUCUUCAUUGCAAUUGGUGCUUUGGCCUGAGUGCGGCUGGGAACCGGUUUCCUUGACAGAUUUAAUUACUUCUACUUCGGUUAAAAAAGUUUAUAGGAAAGCUGCCUUGUAUGUCCAUCCUGAUAAGGUCCAGCAGAAAGGAGCAACUUUGCAACAGAAGUAUAUUGCAGAAAAGGUGUUUGAUAUCCUGAAGGAAGCUUGGAACAAGUUCAGCUCAGAGGAACUGUCUUGAAUACCAUUGUGAUUACUCAAAGUGACAUAAUUUGGUUCUCACAAAAUCUAAGGAGAAGCAUGCUUCAGCUGUGCUGGACUGAUUACGAUGUGAUGAAACUGUAGGCCCUGUAAAAGAUGAUUGCUAUGCGUACUUUCCUGAUGUAAACUAGUGCUGCUUCUGAGAUGGUCUAGCUGUAAGAAAGUUAUAAGCCUUACCCCCAUCACAAGUUCAUGGCCCAUCUCAAUUGCAGUUGCACAAUCAAAUCUCUCCCGGUUUUAUUCUUCUUUCUUUUUGGGUUGGCACUGAAGGAGAGGGGAUUUAUUGCAACAAAAGAAAAAAAAAAGAAACUCUUGACUUGUUUUGAAUUCUUUUCCCAAGCUCCAUAUCUGUAGACUCUCUGUAUAUUUCUACUAUGCCCUUCUUCAGACCCUUCUGGCCCUGGGGUCAUCUUUA